UUCUUCGCGCAACAAACGUUUGAUAUGUACAUAAUUCAAUGUGUAGAAAUUACCUCUAAAGAUCUGCCGGUUUGAUUGAAUGGAACGCCACUGAAGCCAUGUCUUGCCACAGCAUUACAUUUACCUUUGACGAUUUGCUUUACGACGAGAACGCAGUCGCAUUGUAACAGUUGUUUAGCUUGUCAUUGAUUAACUUCGCUAUCGAGUAAAAAUGGGCUCGGCAUCAGUCUACGUCGCACUCCAGUAUGUUUUCUGGCAUAAAAAAAGGCUUAAACAGCGCUGUCUGCUUGUUAAAUGUUUGCUAUAAAAUAUAAAAUAGCAGCCCAGGCUUACAUUUCAUCUAGCUUUACAUCGUAAAUCUAUCAUUUCCUUAAACAUGUUCAGACUGGCUCGUGUCAGCGUUAUUUUGUAGUGAAAAUGUUAAGUGAUGUAAUAAGUCCGACAUUAAUUACACUGUGAUUGCUUACAUUGUGAGCUUUAUUAUUUAUUUUCAUAUACACGUUAUGAGGACAGGACAAUCUGUCAAGAUGUGACUCACAUGAUCAGCGCUUCCUGCUCCAAUGAAUGGACUCCUGUCACAGGACAUUACUAAACAGAAUUAUUACCAUCUCUGCGAUGAACAGUGUUUGGAGACAAGGGGUGUAUCAGAACUCCAUUAUAAAGAUACCAGUAACUUUAACCCAAGCCAUGCUGAUUUCAAGUCACGCUGCCAUUAAAAGGUCUGUAGGUGAGGUAACCUAUCAAAAGUUCUUGAUCAUGACCACCAAGUCGUCUUUGUUAAAGGUGAUUCUGCUGGGGGAUGGUGGUGUGGGAAAGUCCUCCCUCAUGAACCGGUAUGUCUCCAACAAGUUUGAUUCACACCUGUUCCACACGAUCGGUGUCGAGUUUUUAAACAAAGAGCUGGAGGUGGAUGGUCACACGGUCACUCUACAGAUCUGGGACACAGCAGGCCAGGAGAGGUUCAGAAGUCUCCGGACGCCGUUUUACCGUGGCUCUGACUGCUGUCUGCUUACGUUUAGUGUGGAUGAUAAUCAAAGUUUCUUGAACCUCAACAACUGGAAGAAAGAGUUUGCAUUCUACGCAGAUGUCAGGGACCCGGAUAAAUUUCCGUUUGUUGUUCUAGGAAACAAAGUAGAUGUGACGGAGCGUCAGGUGUCAAUGGAAGAUGCUCAAAGGUGGUGUCAAGAGAAUGGUGGAUAUCCAUACUUUGAAACAAGCGCAAAGGAUGCCACUAAUGUCUCGGGUGCAUUUGAGGAAGCAGUUAGACGUGUGCUUUCAUCUGAAGAUCGCGCAGAACACCUGCUGCCCACAGACACUGUUGACUUGUGCAGGAAGCCACGGGCCAAUGGCUCAUGCUGUUGAUGUUGUGUACUGAUAUGAACACAACUGAAACACUCCUUUGUGUUAUUGAAAAAAAAAAUGCAUACUCAUAAGUUCUCAACAGCAGAUGCCAGAAAAACUUCUUGUGUGCAGUAUGCAAAUUUUGCUACAUCAUUUCUGUCAUUGUAGAGUUACAACAUCUCAAAACACUUGCUCUGAACAAUGAACAUGUAAGGGAUCACUGAGGUCCUUUAGUUUUAGCUCUCACACUAGUUCUAAUGCUGUUUACAGUUGAGAAAUAAAAGCCAGCUGUUACACUCAUGAACACUAGAACAUA